UCUUGCAAUCCAUUGAGCUAUAACCCUAAAAUACUACAUCUUAAUAGCAAAUUCUUGACAAUCAAGAAAUCUUGGCGAAACUAUGCCGUCCGUUCUGACUGGUAAGCUUGAGGCUGAUGUAGAGAUCAAGGCUUCCGCCGAGAAGUUCCAUGAUAUGUUCUGCAACAGACCACACCAUGUGUCCAACGCCUGCUCUGACAAGAUACAAGGGUGUGAUUUGCAUGACGGUGAUUGGGGGACUGUGGGUUCCAUUGUCUACUGGAGUUAUGUGCAUGAUGGAGAGGCUAAGAAAGCGAAGGAGUUAGUUGAAGCAAUUGACUCAGAGAACAACUCAAUCACUUUCAGAGUGAUUGAAGGAGAUCUCAUGAAGGAGUACAAGAGCUUUGUGGUCAAAAUUCAAGCUACAACCAAGAGCGAGGGUGAGGGCAGUAUAGUGCACUGGACUUUCGAAUACGAAAAGCUGCACGAGGGCAUUGCACAUCCAGAGACUCUGCUGGAAUUCGCAGUCCAAGUCUCCAAAGACAUGGACACUCACCUCAUCCAAGGAAAUUAGCUAUUAUCGAAUCCCAUGUUGUGUGCUACUAUUAUGAUAAGUACUGAUCUAAGAAUAAGCUUUCUUUUUCCUUUUAAUUGGAAUAUUUGCAUGUUGGAAUAUGCUGUAUGCCUGAGGUGGGAAGCUUUCUGUGUUAUGUACCAGAGAAGAAAUAAAAAAAGAUAAGCAGGCAGAAAGCUUUUUAUCUUUUUGUAUGUUAAUUAGUUGUUUUAUGUAUCGAGUUGAGUGUAUCUUCUUUUGCGCUUCGAUUG